AGGGUUAGAUGUAGAAUACUCUAGAGAUCGGAAGCGGACCGUAGCGUCGAGAGGAUUUUGUUGCGCCGAGAAGCCGGGAAUUGAUUUUGCCAUGUUUUGGUUGCGACGCCGUUCCUACGAUUCGCAGCGUGUCGAGUGAGCUGUUCCACGUUGGGUCCCGUGCCGCGGGUGAAGUUUCUGUUUUUUGUGGCAAACGUUGCUCAGUUUACCGGUCCGGGACGCUUCGAUCGACGAUCUUGUUUUCAAAACUUGGCGUGCAAGUGUCGUCGCCAUCUGGAGUUUUUGAAAUUUGCACAUACCGCCGUCGUCGAAUCGGGGCAAGUGAAUCACGAGCUCGUAGCGGAGUGCUUGUGGGAAUCUGGUCUGUCUCCUUCGUCGCUGUUUUUCUUUUUUCGAAGGACCAUCUCCUUUCGCAUUGAUCUGCAGCACGUCGUCAUGUCAAGCAACAUGCAGGCCACCCUCUAUAUCGGGAAUUUGGAUGAGAGAGUGGACGAGAGAUUGCUCUACGAGAUUAUGGUGCAGGCUGGACCUUUGGUAGAGGUUUACUUGCCUCGUGAUAAAGAAUCUAAGCGGCACAAAGGUUAUGGUUUUGCGGAGUAUCGAUCAGAAGAGAGUGCACAAUAUGCCUUGAACUUGUUCUCAGGCCUUGUUACACUGUUUAAUCGAACCCUGCGCUUCGCGAUAUCUGGAGGAGGAAAAUCACCCCAAUCAGGAGCCGGCGUAGACAAAUCAUCUAACCGCGUCUCCAUCGUGGACAAGCCUAUUCAUCCUUUGGUAGAGGACUCAGGUCCAGGUACUCCGUGCCGAGCACGUGAUGUUAAGGGUUACUGUCAAAAUUAUUAUUCACAGACUCAUGCCUCUGAACAAUAUCCUUCUAGCUCAACAGGGUAUGGAGGUCAGGACAUGGUGAAGACAGACAACUUCUUAACUCCACCAACUCAUGCACAAUAUUACAAUGCCCAUUUAACUCAUUUAAGUCAGUGGGGUGUUCGGGCGAACUUCAUGGGUCAUGCAUAUGCCCAAUCCGCCUCCUUUGCAAGAUAAUGCUAUCUGUUGGAUUAAAUUAGAGCUAAACGAAGUAGAGAAGCAGCGAAAGAAUUUUCCAUCAAUGGAGACGUUGAUGGUUGAGUGUAUCAUAUGUAUCAUACUGUCCACUCUGGUUUAUACUCAAAGUUUUGGUCCAUCGAAGUUGCCUCAUCUACUGGGUAACCUCAGAUUGCUUCAUCUGUUCCACAUUAUACCCUUGGAGAUGGUUCAUUAUUUUACAAAUGUUAGACGUCUGAAUUGACCUUGCCUUCAUAUUAGGCCGAUUAGGUCUCCAAUUCUUCAAUACUGUCCCGCUGGAUACUACUAAGGCGCCAGACUUGAAGGCACUUGUACUGAGUACUCAUUAUUUAAUUCAACGAGGGUAUGAAUGGAGCCUCUACGUGCACUCUACUUUAGUACCAUAUCUUUAGGUGGAGAGCCAGUAUACUCAGGUCUUCUGCCCUGAUUACUGAUCUUCCCCCUGGGAUUCCGGAGUAUCCUCUUUUGGCGUCAAAUCUGCGUGAAGGAAGAGCUUGUCCACGGUUGUCACCUUCUGUGGUUGACUUAAGUUUUGGACAAGUGUCACAUGGCACCAAGAAUAUCUUGCAGGAACUUUCCCGAAAAACUUAUAACCAAGAUGAGCUGGCAUCGUCCAUUUUUUUGUUUUUGUACAAGCUAUUACAUUACGGUUUUUUUGGGGGAUUUGAAUCUAUUAAGUUUUGCAGAGUUAGUUUGUGUUCAGAUUUAGAUCCCAUCAAUCAUCUUUCGGGUUUGAUCAUUUGCACCUUAGAUUUAUACACCUGGCUGCCCCGUUUCAUAAUAACUUCAAAACAUUCUCCUUCGGUGGCGCAUUCUUUUAAUGUUAAUUUUCUGUAUACUGAUCUCAGAUUC